AUGGGAGAAAAGAAUAAAAAAACGGUGCAUGAAUCAACAAAGGAAGGUGUAAAGAAUGAAUCCGUUGACAGCUCGAUUGUCGAGCUUGACCAAUACAUAGAUGAGCGAAUCGUUCUUAACGUGGGUGGUAUUAAGUAUGAAACUUAUCGUUCUACAUUAACGGCCUAUCCAAAGACCCUCUUGGGUACAAUGUUUCAUCCACGUAAUCGAGCAAUGUUACAUCCAACGAAUGGUAAUGAAUAUUUUAUUGAUCGAAACGGAUACAUUUUUCAUUAUAUCAUGGAAUAUUAUCGUACCGGCAACAUCGUUUGGCGUCCUUCUUUUGAAUUACCUAUUGGGAAUACUGCUUCGUUAAAAAGUUCGAAUUCUUCCACAACGACUGUUUCUUCUACUAGUUCAGGUUCUAAUAACAACAACAAUACUAGUAGUAGUACGCAUACCGAUUUAAACAAUGCUACCGUGCCUACUGGAGCUGCAAUGGCAGCUUUAUCUUUGACAACGAACGGAAUUUUGCCGUCUACCUCUAAUGGUAUUAAUGGAUCCAAUAACGGAAUCUCUUCAAAAGGAGUUAUAAUAAAUAGUGCCUUUACUAAUAACAACAACAUUUCAACUCCUCCGACAUCCCCCACGACACCUAAUAAUAAUAAACCUACCAAUUCAAAUAAUCAAAAUCACGUGUUACUUCGUCAUUGUUGUUCCCGUUCUAAUUCCAAGUCGACUCCUCCAAUAUUCCCUCCUUAUGUUUCUUUACCUGAAUUAGAACAAGAAUUUUCUUAUUUCGCCAUCCCAUUUACUUCUCCCUUGCCAAUAGCGCAAGAAGCUGGUGGUGCUUUGUUAGAUGAAUUUGCUUAUUCUAUCGAAGACUUGUUGUGUACCGCCAUCGCAAAAUUGAUUGAUCGUAUUUCGAUCACUUUCUUUCGCGAUGGUUCCCUUUUGGAAUGCAUUUUGAUAAAACCACAAUUAUGUUCAAGCUGUUCGGCUUCAGGUGCACUAAAUUGUCCCGGAUGUAAUAGACGUAAUAAUUACGGUGGUAAUGGCGCUAAAUUGAUUGAAUUUAGUUUAAAUGGUUAUUGUAUUGUUAAUCAUUUUUAUGAAGAUAUUAAAAAAUAUUUAGAAAAAGUAUUUCCUAAUAUGAUUUUUAAAUUGGAAUUUGGUAAUAAUUAUAAAUCGAUUACCAUGUCUAUGUCGGGCCUAUUCACCCGAAAUGCGAUUCAAAAAUAUUCUAAAAUUG